AUGGCGAAUCGCGAAGCUACUCUUCAGUUUCUCAAGACUGAAUUCGAGGAAAGCCAACAGAAGCUGAAAGCGGACUUUGCACUACAGGAAAAGCAGAUGCAGGAUCAAAACGACCUCCUGCAGGACGAGCUCAUGACGGCCGAAAUUCGGCUGCGAGAGUACGAGGACGAGGACAUUAAAAGCUUACCGAAAGGUAACGCCGAAGCCCCAACGGGCAGUGUUCCAGCCUCGCAUGUAGUCCCUCCUGUAGCCCCGUCGGGUCCUCAAAUGCCAGACCCUACGGUAAUCCCAGAAAGCUUCCGAGGCCUCUUCGCGAAUAUUGCCACCGCUCCUACAAGCGUGCAUGCUUCAGGUAUGACAACACCAGUUAGCAACAUAACAGGCGACAUUGGGCGACAGCAACCAGCAACCCGAACGGGUCAGCCGCUUCCCAUUGUCAACCCUGAACAGUCUAACAAGGCUAACUUGGAAACCCUUAGCGCACUUGACUUGCUCAAAUCCGGUUUCCUCAAGGGAAAGCCCGAAGAUGAUAAGCCUAAGGUUAAGGAAGCUGAAAGCAUCAAGCUCCCCGAUUUCCCGAAUCCAGAGACUUACCGUUCGUGGAAAGCUGCCACACGUGAGGCGGUAAGGGCUGCGAGUGACCAGCCUGAUGAAGCAUUCCUAUGGCUCCUGGAAACAUAUAAUAAGGAUAUUACACACGACAAGUUGCGUGACCCAGGCAAAUUCCUCACAUUGGAUACCAAACUCCUGGCUGCGCUGACUAAAGUAGCGAAGGGUGAGCUAGCAAGACAAAUUCUCAACUUCAAGGAAGCUGAAGCGGCUAACCUUCGUGCGGUCAGGGGGCGUCAGGUAUUGUUUAUGUUUAACCAGCAUUUCAAGACGAAUGAGGAAGUUGGUUCACUAUACAGCGUGGAAGACCUUCUAAAGGUUUCACUUAUCCAGGACGACUUGGGGACAACCAUUCACAAUUGGGAUUCAGUGAUCGCCGGGAUGAGUCACAUGCCAGAUGAGACUACACUUCGGGACAUCUUGUUGAGGCAGAUCAGAAAGUCGCAAAGGCUAAAGUUUGAUCUUGACAAGUAUGAAAGAGCAAAAGAGGGUACAUCUGAGCACUCAUAUGAGUUUCUGGUUCAGUCAAUCCGGGACUUACUUGCAAGAGAGCGUAUCCGAAAGAACCGUGACAGGAUCGCAAAGUCACAUGGGGAUAAGUACGGGGUCUCCGUCGCCAGCAAGGCGAAGGCCAAGGAGCCGAGGGUCGAUGACACCACCGUGCCUUGGAUAGGAAAGACCAUCUUCUACAUCAAAGAUGAGUGCACUGCAAAGGUCACUUUCAAGGCAAAGCCUCAGGUUAUCGAAGUAGAAGCUACUUGUAGCGGUCUAGGCAGAAAGCGCACUACCAAACCAAGAACGUUCGCAGUUUGCUAUUCCGAUUCGGAGUUUGGCCCGAAGGCUGACAAGCGUGACUCCAAAUUUGCAAUCCAAAAUGCCAAGACAUUGGAGGGGGUAUGA